AUGGCAUUGAAGCCCCAGAACUCGGUGACGGUCCUUAGUCCCAUGCAGGAAGAGUUCACGCCGCCGUGCACUGCUGGUCUGAUUAACGACCUUGUCUCGGACUUUCCCCAGAUCGAUGAAAAGCGAAGUCAUGUUAGCAGUGUCGUGUACCAACAACCUGCCCCAUCCCCAAAGGUGCAAGAAUACUACCAGACCGAACCCAUCGAAUUACCUACCGAUCCACCCACUCCGCCGCCGGAGCCUUCCACGAGCGCUCAGCUCAAGACCGUCCCAUGCCACACAGCUGCUUCCUACAGCAGUCAAAGACGUGUGUCGCAGUGGCUCGGUGGACGCUCCCACUCCGGCUCAAUCAGCACAAUUGCAUCCGCAACCACAACAUCGUCAUCCUUUGCCGAACAUCGUCGGAAACGAUCGCAGUUCUACAUGCUUUCCGCACAGCCUCAGCCAGGUGGUCCUCCGAUGCCCCUGACGCUUGCUAAGCCAGCAGCUCACCAAAGGACAAUGACCGUGUCGACUGUUGUCAGCAAUGCUGAGAGUGUUGUGAGCGACUAUAGCGACAUGGAGAGCAUGACUACGGCGCCGACGGCCACUGACCUGCAGAGCAGGAGUGGGACGAUCAAGAGUGUUAGCACGGCUAGCGGGCUCGUGCCGAUGGGGCUGAGGCCAAUCGUGAGCGGUGUGCCGGACUUGCCGUUGGACUAUGGUGCCGUUGUUGGCAAGUCGCCGGUGAAAGAGGUGGAUGAGAUGGUGGUGAUCAGGGAGAUCAAUGGACCAUUGAGGAGUCCGAUUGGGGUGGCUUUCUGA